AUGUCCACACUAGCUUCAUCCAUUGCAAAACAAGAUUAUUGCCAAGACAAGUGUGGAGAUGUAGAUAUUCCAUACCCUUUCGGAAUUGGACCAUCCGAAUGUUUUCUUGACGAACGAUUCGAAAUCUCCUGCCACAACUCUUCCAUGCCUGUUCUCAAACACACUCAGCUACAGGUACUUAAUAUUUCAUUAGAACCUGAUUAUAGCAGCUAUCGUCGUCCUCGUAAUGAUUACGAUUCCCAAUGGAUUGUGGUGAGAAACCCCAUUAGUUUCUUCGAUUGUGGAAACCUCAUUAGGCAAAAAUCAGCAGAUUUAACAGAAACCCCGUUUUACUAUUCGCGUGACAAUGUAUUCAUUGCAGUAAGUUGUGGUGCCUUGGCCAAGUUCGUAACAAGGUCAGGCAACAUGCUCUUCGAGAAUGGAUGCUCAUCCCAAAGUACAACUACAUCAAGUAGUAAUAAUAUUGAUUUUAGUAAGUGCGACGGCGUUGAAUGUUGUACUACUUCCGUCGUCUUCCCUUCGGAUGUUGCAGGUAACAGCUUCGAAAUCUCCAUGGAUAAUGGUUCUUCUGGUACUCCUAGCCAAUGCAAAUAUGCAUUCUUAAUAGAUUAUGAUGAAAUUGAUAAAUAUAAAACAUUUGGUGAUCUGGAUUAUGUUCCCGUCCGGCUAAGUUGGUCCCUUAACCUUAUGGACUUCGAGGGAAUCCCUAUCUGGUGGGUGGGUGUAGUCAAGGUAAACCUCUCCCACAAAUAUUAA